UCUCUCUGUCUGUCUCUCUCUCUCUCACACUCUCUCUCUCACUAACACCUCUAUGAAGCGCUCUCUAAAUGUUCCCUCAACGUUUCUGAGUGUUAAUGCACAACUGUUGAUGCUGUAUCUGUCUGUUAAAGUGGACACGCACACAGUCUGCGUUUUUGGGUUAUGAAAGUGUUUGGUGUUUACAAUAAGAGUACAUGUGUUCAGCAUGUCUGAGUUUUCUCAUUUGAAUGGAUCUUUUCCUUUAAGAAGAAGUAAACAGGGUCAAUCCUCGCAUUGAUUUGAUGUCUGCCGAUUGGCUGAGAUGCGCUCCGCUCCGAAGAGAAGAGGUUGUGCCGUCUAUUUUAAAUCAGAAUUAGGACAAGCCUCCCAAGCCUCAUUCUUUUCAAACCGUAAUCAGCACGGAAACAUGGAACCAGAAGACGAGAUGCUGAAACAUCUCACUUCACAAAACCUCGCACCUGAACGGCUGUCAGAAUUCUCUUAUCUGCGUGAUUGAAUCACAUCGUAUUACGCCACACGUCCAUCUUUAGCUCCUUACGUUUAGCAUACCAUUUUCUCAUCACACAUGCAACAUUUGAAAUGCUCUUUUAGUUUUGCAAUAAUAUAAUACUCUAUUAUAAUAUGAUAGUUUACAUCGUGUUUAAGAUGGGAAUCUGUAUUACUUUUGAUCACAUUGACAUUAGAAAUUGACCUGUUAAACAUAAACAUUAGCUGUAAACAUUCUAUUUUUCAAUUCACCUUUUUACAUAAAAUGCAGCAAAAUAAACUCUUUUUUCAUUUUGGAAGUCAUCGUUUAACACAGAAUUGUUGAAAGAACAAAUUCAUUUCAGUAGUUGGUCAUUUAGUCAACCAUUACACUGACUACUAGCGUUCAUUCACCGCUUUCCGGACAUUCCAUCACCUAUUUAAUGUUAUUAACACAUUUAUUUUAUUUUCCAUAUUCUAUAUCUGAUGUGUGAUACAUGCUGACCUGGCAUCAGUUUUUGUCGCCUUUUAUUUAUUUAACCAAACACACGACUCAAAGAUGUGAAUCAGUGAUGUUUAACUGAUGCUGCUGCUGGUGGGUUAUUUCAUGAAUGUGUGUUUUUCUGUUCUUUCUCUUCUGCGUGUGCCGAUGCGGAUCAGUAGAAAUGACUCCUGUCAAAGACUGGGGCAAAUGUUAAUAGCUUUCCAGGUCACGGUUACCAUCGACUGUUGGACUCGAGAGAGUUUCUCUAUGUAGAAGCAGAUGGAAAUCAAACAUGCUGCUCUUCACACGCGGGACGCCGGUCCGUACCUGCAGGCAAACACACAUGCUAUGAAAACUUGGUUCUGUCCCAGGUGUGCAGGAAUCUUAGCUGUGUGUGGUUUGUCCUACUUCCCAUACAGUGUGACUGUACCUCAGCAUGUGUGCGUAUCCCAAUGAUGCGACAAACACUGACCCAUUUUAAAUUCUCUCUGUUUACUGAUCAAGUAUUUAGCGGUCAGGAUGACAGCGGUCAGUGGUGUUAUCUAGACAGCAGGAUGGUUGAUAGAAUGCAAAUACAUACUUCAUAUGAUUUAAAGAUUAAGUGUCUUCACUUUAAUCUUCACUUUAUGUGUUGUUGUGUGUUGAAGAACCUUUAUUUUUAGGCCCUAGAUUCAUUUCCUUGAAUGAUGAUAAUGGCACACAUCGUUAUGUUUUAAUGCUCAGUUAAGUUCUUUGUUUCUUCUCAUGAACUUUGUCCCCGUCAUGCCUGCACUUGAUGAGCUGUUAAUGCACCAAUACAAAUGGGAUUCGUUUUAUUCCAGGAAACCCAGAAUUUAAAUUCGCACGUUUUAGUCGAUUUAGGGACAACAUCAAUUAUCACCCGUCCCCUAAAGUCAAAGUUUACUCGUGGCAAGAUUGGGCAUGACAGUGUCUGCAGAGUCCAUGCGCAAAUCCACCACCACAGCAGCUACAUAAUCAUGCGUAGUCGAGGCACAAACACGCACAGGCAGACUUUUCUCAAGUGCUGUAGUUUAUCUGAGUGCGCGUUGCGCGUCGGACGCGCGUCCCCGUUUUGGCACUGAGGAUACAGUGUGUAGGAACCCUGCGCGUCCUCCACUCUCCUCUAACCUCCUCGCAGCGAGACGCGCGACUCUAAAAGAUGCUUCACCAUAUGCUUCUCGUAACUUCUGAGUUUGGGGUUUGGAUGUAGGCGAUCCAUCGGGCGCGCAGCGAGUUCUGGAUUUAGUUGCGUCGCUGGCACGGCUUUCUGUCCUCGCCUGUGAGAAGACGUUGCGGGUGAUGGUGAAGCGCGUCUUGUGCGCUGCCCCUCGUUUCCUCGAUCCAUCCUCGGGACAGGACAUUUGGCGAAGGGAAAUGUGAGGAACGCUUGAAGAAUGGCAUGUAAACAUGGUUUCUGCCAAGAAGGAGAUGGUGACUGCGAUGUACCCCACUUCUAUUUCCACUCUCCUCUACUUUCUCUGUGCGGCGGCUUGCAUAAAGAGAAUAUCUGGACAGAUCAAAAAGGAUGAGAAAUUAUACCCAGCGAAUUUCACGCGCAUUCUCGACCGACUCCUGGAUGGAUACGACAACAGACUUCGACCUGGAUUUGGGGGUCCAGUCACGGAAGUGAAGACAGAUAUUUACGUGACGAGUUUCGGCCCCGUGUCCGAUGUGGAAAUGGAGUACACCAUGGACGUGUUCUUCCGUCAGACGUGGGUGGACAGACGCUUGCAGUAUGAAGGUCCGGUGGAGAUCCUCCGCUUAAAUAAUCUCAUGGUGACCAAAGUCUGGACCCCCGACACGUUCUUCAGGAAUGGGAAAAGAUCCGUGGCUCACAACAUGACGGCGCCCAACAGACUCUUCAGAAUCAUGAAGAACGGAACCAUCCUCUACACCAUGAGGUUGACAAUAAGCGCAGAAUGUCCCAUGAAGCUGGUUAAUUUCCCCAUGGAUGGUCACUCCUGUCCGCUCAAGUUCGGCAGCUAUGCGUAUCCCAUGACAGAGAUGAUCUACACCUGGACUAAAGGCCCUCAGCAUUCUGUGGAGGUCCCACCUGAAUCAUCCAGCCUGGUCCAAUACGACCUGAUCGGACAGACCGUGUCCAGUGAAACCGUAAAAUCCAUCACAGGUGAAUAUGUGGUGAUGACGGUCUUCUUUCACUUGAAACGGAAAAUGGGCUACUUCAUGAUUCAGACGUACAUCCCCUGCAUCAUGACCGUCAUCCUUUCUCAGGUGUCUUUCUGGAUAAAUAAGGAGUCUGUGCCCGCCAGGACUGUCUUUGGAAUCACUACAGUCCUCACCAUGACCACCCUCAGCAUCAGCGCCCGUCACUCUCUGCCCAAGGUGUCGUACGCCACGGCUAUGGAUUGGUUCAUCGCAGUGUGCUUCGCUUUCGUGUUCUCUGCCCUCAUCGAGUUCGCCGCCGUCAACUACUUCACCAACGCACAGGCGGAGAGAGCCAAGAGAAAACAGGCCAAAGCAGCGGCCGCUGCCAACGCCAAGAGCUCCGCCGCUGCGUCAGGAAAAACUAAAGACUCAGAAGAGGUCCUGCAGCAGUCAAACUCGGACACCAACGGUAACCUGCGCAAGCGUGUGAACUCCAGCCUUCAGUCCCAGCCCGAGGGCAAGAAAGUCCAAAGAACGGAAGCGUCCGGCAAGAGCGGAACGACCUCAUCCAAACCCACUCUGACCAGCCAAUCAUCUUCCACCUCAGAGGGUACCAGUAGCUUCUCCAGCCAAUCACGUCUCAGCCCCAGUUCCGCCUGCCAAUCCAAUGCAGCCGCUUUGUCCUCGACCUCCAAGACCACACCCCCGGCCCCACCCUCUACGCCGACGGUUCCCGAAAAGGCUUCCCCUGGCACGGCUCCCGGCACUCUUCACCAUCUCCUCGGGCCUAAAUUAGAAAACAUUAAAAAGAAGGAAGCCAAAUCCUCGCCGACCGCCCAAGCCGCGCCUCCCGCCACCGGAGGAGCCAGCAAGAUCGACGAAUACGCCCGGAUUUUAUUCCCGGUGUCCUUUGGGGUGUUCAACAUGGUUUACUGGGUGGUUUACUUAUCCAAAGACACCAUGGAGGCCAAAAGAGGCUAACAAGAACACGCUUGUUUCCAUUCUUUUUUCUACAACGUUUUGCUGAAGAAAUGAAAGAUCCCUUCAAGGAUUAAACCAGCCCGGAAAUGAAACUGUAAUGUGGCGUCAAAGUGGACAGACAUCGAGUAAGCGCCUCAAGAGAUUAUCUGGGUGAAAUAAAAGCCAAAACUUUUCUUCGUGAUUGUCGAAAAGGGCCGUGCGUGAGAUUAAGCAUGUGGAUAUAUGAAAAUAAGUGAAAUAAAUCAUUCAAAACAAGCAAUCUCACAGGAAUGAAUCGUAGAUUUAUCUGUUGUCUGUUCGAAUAGCUAGAUUUCUGCUCGGUCCUAUUUCUCGCUGAAGCAGGACGAUGCUGUUGAGUACAGAAGAUCAAAACCAGGGCCAUUUAGUCUAUUUUUCUAUAGAGACACGACACCUUCUUCAUUCACGAAGGAUAUGACGGAAAUGCUCUCUUUAGGUGACGAUGUGGAGAGACUCUAAACGCAUAUGCAUGUCUUUCCUUUUUUAAAAAGAAACUUAUAAGUCGUAAAAGCACAAGUUAUGAUUUUCUCUCUUUGUUUUUAAAGUUGAAUGGCUUUUACGGUCGUUUCAUUUUGCUUUCGUUCUUUUUCGUCUUAUAGCUUAUGCAUUCUCUACUGUUAAGAGGAAAGUGUGACAUAGGGGAGGAUGUUUAAGUGCGAGUGGUCCCUGGAGACGCGUGCCGUGGCAACCGCGCAGAUGCUCCAAGAGUCAAUGUGAACAGCAGGCGGGUUAAGGAGACAUCUGGGGUUGUCUCGCAAUGAAAACCUCCUCCAAUCCUCACAGGGCUGUGAAUUGGAUCUCCGCAUCGAUUGGUUGAGGUGUUCAGUGUCCACUGAACAUGAGUAAUAUCCCAAAAAGAAUAGUUCACCCAAAAACAGAUAUUCGGUCAUCAUUUACUUAAAGUUCACAGCAUCAAUGUGAAGGGUCUUCCAUGCAUUAAUGGUGAUGAAUAGAGACAGACACUGUUAAGAUUACGUCUGUGUAUGUUGUGUAAGAAGCAGAGCGAAUGAGAGUAAGGCUGUGUUCACGUUUGACUUCUUUUUUGACAAGAAAAAGUUGACAAUGGCGCUUUUUUAGUAAAAAAAAACACUUGCAGCGUUGUGGGAACAAAUAGCAGCCAGCAAUGUUCAGAGGCAGCGUUUGUGCACGAAGCUCAGAAAGAUAUUCAAACAGGCUACAUAAGCAGCGUAACGGAAGUCUAUUUGAAUGUUAAACAGAGAGCGUCUUUGCAAUAACUAAUCACAUGUUUAAAAUCUACAAUACUAAUUUCUCACUAGAAAUACAAUCAAAAGUUCUUGAAACUGAAAAUUUAAUUUACAUUUAUACAAAACUAUGCUCCAACGGGCGUUUCGGCCGCCAUUUUAUUUUUUCGAGCUUGAGGAAAUCAAGGAAUCGACAGGUCUCUGUCAUUGGUUAGCUGUGACAAAGGUGCAUUUUUUCAGAAAAGUGGAACGUUUUUUAACCUCAAAAGACGCUCUGAGCUACAGAAAAAGAUGCCGGCACUGGUGUCGCUCCCGGUUUACUCCAAAGGAUUAUAGUGUAAAACAGACGCUAGCAGCUUCAAAAAAGAAGUCAAAUGUGAGCAUGGCCUUAGUCAUCUUUUUUCUUUAAGACCGGUCAUAACUUCUUUAAAUCAGUUACAUAAAAAAGGUAGAUUGGGCUAAAUAAAACAUGAAAAGUAAGACUGAUUAGUCCUAACUAAUUGCUAGUCAGUGAGACAAAUUGUUAGCGGCUAAGUUUAUGCCACUGGACUUUUUUGAAAACACGGUUUACUCCAUUGGAUUCAAAUGUAAAACAGACGCUAGCAGCUUCAAGUCAAAUCUGAACCUAGCCUAAGAGCGUGAAGGAGUAAAUGAUGACAGAAUGUUUUUUUCAGGUGAACUGUCUCUUUGAGUUUGUUGAAUCUCACCGUCAGCUCUUCUGCUGUGUGGAAGACACACAAAACUGCUCUGAUUUAGAGAAAUGAGGUCACACCCUUCUGAUUUCUCAUACUGACAGCAUCCAUUUCACUACUCUGUUCAUAUGUAACACAAACAGUUAUAUAUAUACACACACACAUAGCAUAUAUAUCACACAUUUGGUUUGUUAAUCAGAUCUAUACAAUGAAUUAAAUGAUUACUUGAUUCAUUAGAAA